CACAGUCCUUCCAGUUACGUGAGCGUCUGGAGCUGUGUGGGAACCCUCCCCGUGGUGUCCCUUCAGCGAAUGACUCACCUGGUGGGAAGUCAGCUGUCCUCCAGCAGCCUACGGCAGCUGCUGUCUCUGCUCCUUCCUCUGUCGUGCUUCUUUGCCAUUAGGGGCAGCAAAUGCAAGACUCCGCUGUACUCUGAAGACCAAGACCACAGGAGAAGUCACCCUUCAGGGGGACGCUAGCGGUUCUCUGAUUUCCUACGUUCCAGUCACGGUGAGCACAGUUGGGAACAACUGAAAGCAGUGAUACGAGAAUCCCUGGGGUGAUGGAACCCUGGAAAUCUAAUGCAUAAGUACCCAAGACCACACCUCCAAAACCCACCCAGACACACCCGGAGCAUGCUGUGCCAAUGUCCUAGAUGCCUCUUAAUCCAGUGAUGUUGACCUCAGGAUUAACAGGUACGGACAUUGCUGCAGGAGAAGAAGUUGCCAUCAAGCUUGAAUGUGUCAAGACCAAACACCCUCAGCUCCACAUCGAGAGCAAAAUCUACAAAAUGAUGCAGGGAGGAGUGGGCAUCCCCACCAUCAGAUGGUGUGGAGCCGAAGGGGACUACAACGUCAUGGUGAUGGAGCUGUUGGGCCCGAGCCUGGAAGACCUCUUCAACUUCUGCUCCAGGAAGUUCAGUCUCAAAACUGUUCUGCUGCUUGCCGACCAGAUGAUUAGUCGUAUUGAAUACAUUCAUUCAAAAAACUUCAUCCACCGAGAUGUGAAACCAGAUAACUUCCUCAUGGGGCUGGGGAAGAAGGGCAACCUGGUCUAUAUCAUUGACUUUGGGCUGGCCAAGAAGUACCGGGACGCAAGGACCCACCAGCACAUCCCCUAUCGAGAGAAUAAGAACCUCACAGGCACGGCGCGGUAUGCCUCCAUCAACACACACCUCGGAAUCGAACAAUCUCGAAGGGACGACUUGGAGUCUCUGGGGUACGUGCUGAUGUACUUCAACCUGGGCUCUCUCCCCUGGCAGGGGCUGAAGGCUGCCACCAAGAGGCAGAAGUACGAGAGGAUCAGUGAGAAGAAAAUGUCCACUCCCAUCGAAGUGCUGUGCAAAGGCUAUCCCUCUGAAUUUGCCACAUACCUGAAUUUCUGCCGUUCCUUGCGCUUUGAUGACAAGCCUGACUACUCCUACCUGCGCCAGCUCUUCAGGAAUCUGUUCCAUCGCCAAGGCUUCUCCUAUGACUAUGUGUUCGACUGGAACAUGCUCAAAUUUGGUGCCAGCCGGGCCGCUGAUGAUGCCGAGCGGGAACGCCGGGACCGAGAGGAGAGACUGAGACACUCCCGGAAUCCAGCCACCCGUGGCCUCCCUUCCACAGCGUCUGGCCGCCUGCGGGGGACCCAGGAAGUGGCACCCCCCACGCCCCUGACCCCUACCUCACACACGGCUAACACCUCUCCUCGGCCUGUCUCCGGCAUGGAGCGAGAGCGGAAAGUGAGCAUGCGGCUGCACCGCGGGGCCCCAGUCAAUGUCUCCUCGUCCGAUCUCACAGGCCGACAAGAUACCUCUCGCAUGUCCACCUCACAGAAUAGCAUUCCUUUCGAACACCACGGCAAGUAGCUGCUCAUCUCCGUUGGAAGGCAGCACUGGAUUCCCAGUCGGGUGGCUUCCAGUGGUCUUCAGUCUGUCGUGCACCGAUGAGAACUCUCCUUUUUGCUGUGAAGGGCAGACAAUGCAUGGCUGAUCUACUCUGUUACCAAUGGCUUUACUAGUGACAUGCCCCCUGGUCUAGACCCGAAAUGUUCACACCGGGAGCUCUCCAGGCCACUCACCCAGCGAACACAGACUGAGCGGACAGGCUCCGAGAGCGGCCACCGCCAGGGGCUGCCGCCACGGCCCCACAGAAGCUCAGCUACCACGGGGCUGGGAGGAUGAGCAGAGUGUGGGAGACCUUGCAGAGACCCCGCCUGCCACGAGCCUCUCUGCCCGCCAGUGGUGGCCAACCUGUGCUCCCUGCGAUCCCACAGCGACUACCAGUCUUCUACUUGGUUAAGACAGUUUUGUAUCAUUUUGCUAAAAAUUACUGGCUUAAAUCUGUGUAAAGAAAUCUGUCUUUUUAUUGUUUCUUCCUUGUCUGUUUUUGCAGUCUUAAGGAUGUUGACUUUAAAGACUUCCUGAGCCAGACACUGGCUUGCCAUGUCUGUGGAGUCAGUAGAGGGGGCAGUGUGAGUGUCCAGGAUGUGCGUUGUUUGUUCUCUGUGUUGUAUUGUCACUCUGGAGAGGGAGCGCCUCGGUGGAAGCUGUGUGCACGUUGUAUCUCAGCCCCCAGCCUGGUCCUGGCCUCGCGCGCCUUCCCUUCUGUAAGCUGAAGUAUCUGCUGUUGUCAGCGCACUAGAAAGCAUGGCCGCUGCAGAGCAAGUGUGGCCGGUGUGUUGUGCAGAACGUCGUGCCUUUCUGCCCAGAGGAGUGAGGAGGAAGUGAGGGUCUCGGCGGACUCGGGCGCAGGCCUUGAGAGCCCGUAAGACAGUGGGAGUCUGGAUUAAAGUUGAGUGUGCGUUUCUGAUUUCUGAGAAGAGAUGGUGUACGGGUUGUGUAUGGUAUUUUGGUAGUGUUUGUUGCCUUUAUGCCUUUGAAUUUGGAAAGUUUCUGAACAGACUGUAAAUACUGCCGUACAGAUUGGCACUUGGUCUGUGUCUUUGCCUGCUCAAAACCAGGGAGCAAGUUGUCCUCCUAGGUGCCCUGGUUUGCCCAGAAAGGCCACUGGCUGAGGGGAGUCCACCCAGAGGUGCCAAGAGGCAGGUGACUGCCCUUCUGAAUCUAGAACCUUCACAUCCAGAAGGAUGUGGUGCCACACGCUCUGACCUUCAGCCGGACUUCUGUGGGGGGAACUGCGGCUGGCCUGCCCUGUGGGCUGUGCUGCUGUGCUAUUGGCAGUUGGGGUCCUGAGAUGCUUGGCCCUGCCUGUGACUUUCCACCACAUGCACUGCCUGGUGGAGACAGCAGUGGGCCUGCUCACUCCUUGGGGAUGACGCAGAUGUAUUCAUGGGUCCAUCUCCGUUUCUCCCUGCCGAUGUGUGGAGAGAGCUUGGCUGGGACCCGGGUGCUCUUGGAGGAGCUAAUAGUGCCACGUGGCUUUUCCCUCCUAACCCAGAGAUCUCUGGCACAGAGCCCUGGCCCCAGGGCCACCGCUCAUGUGCGGCGGCAUCCCAGAGUACAGUUAUUCGCUGUCCCAGCCAUCCAUCCGUCUGUCUGAGCCUGUGGGCUCUCUGCUGAAUCCUGAGCUGGCUACUCUGCAGGCAUUUGGGGGUGUAGGGCCUUGGCCGGGGAGAACUGUGUGUCUGGGUGUGCAUUGGGAGCUCAGGUGGGUCAGCCAGGGUUUAGGUGUCCAUAGCUGUGAGCCCCUGUAUCGGUGUUGGGCUCCCCCUCCCAGCGAGCUGGCAGGGGUGGCGGCGGCAGCCCUCCAUACAGGUCCUUUGUAAAUAGCCGUGGUCCCCGGCACAGAGCCAGAGGGCAGUGCCAGGCAGCCUCCAAAUCUGCACCAUUGCAGCCUGGGCCACUGGCUGCCCUGGGAGUGGACCCACCUGAGCCCUCAAGGGUGUGGCUGUGAUGUUCUUGCCCAGUAUUUAAUCCCCAUCACACUUACAGGAAACAUAGUUAGAAUGUGUGUAUCAACCUGUGUCUUGGUGACCAGUCUCUGAGCUGUGCGUUUGUACUACCACUGUAUUUGUGUACUUUAACAAUUGUGUAAAUAAUAAAUUCAUAAUGACUUCUA